AUGGUGCGACUCGACCCGGAGGAUACUGCCUUCGUUAACGAAGUAUUGACUAUUCGUGAGGAUGGCAUACCAACGUUCCAGUGGAAUAUACAAUACCCUGAGAGCCUUCACCAAGAAUUACUCGCGCAAGGGAUGACAGAAGCUGAGUGGGACGAAAUGCAACAAAAUGCUAAUAGGAUUUUGAAUGCACCGAGAGCGGUCGGUCUCUUUGGCGGUUUAAUGUCGACAUCAGACGAGCAAAUGAUACCUACUCAGUUCGCCUUGAUGGAAGACGAGGAGGAGGAGGAUGAAGAAGAAAGCGAGGAAGACGAGGACGAAUUUUUUUCACUCUCUCCUUGCACUGAUGCUACCGAUACUCUCCAAGAGGAGGCCUUUACGAGAUCACAAAGUAGUGAAAACUCGUCAAUAUCGAGGAGCUCUUCAAUUGAUAUCUCAGGCCCAUCUAGUGCUUCGCAAGAACUCGAGGGCGACGCUCAUGUCGACACUCUCAUUAAUGGCAUUGCUGUAACUCGGGGAGUGCUUAGAGGCAUGAAACAAGCCACGUUAGACGAAGCCCGAUGGUCCAGCUUUAUGGAAGACUGCGAUGCUGUUAACAACCAGGUCAUUGCGUGUUUGACAAAAGAUCUGGCAUUCAGAAGGCUUCCGACUCGCACCGCACUACUGAUCUGGAUCGUCUCGUUGACUUCGGCGAGUCUGCAAUUUACUGCUGUAGAGCAGUGUUCUCCAGAAGCUCCGGAUAUAGCCGCCAUCCAUCACAAUGUAGGAAACGGAUAUUAUCGACGGAGUCAUACCACUGGUGGUGACGAUAUCGAACGCGCCAUUAAACAUUUCGAUCUUGCGAUUGCUAUAGGGACCGAUAUGAAACAUCCCAUGAUUUUGAGGACCUGCAAUCUACCAUUGCCAAGAACGAAAAGAGCCCUUGCCCUUGUGUCUUCGGAUGAGCCUGCCCUCGAUCACACGCGUGCCAUCUGCCUCAUCAAUGGAGGGAAUCUACUCAUUCAUCAAUACGACAGAUCCCUGGAGCGUAACAUUGCAUGCUUGGAAAAAGCGAUUUCAUAUCUCCAGACUGCCCUUCAAUUGCGCGAACGUGAGGAAGAUCCUGAUACAUCACGUCCUCUGCAGGCUCUCGGGCACGCCAAACUCAGAUACUUCUUCAGAACUCUGAGUCCGCCGAGUCUUGCAGGGGCAGUUGAUUGCUUUGAAAAAGCGACCUUUGUCGGCGAAGGUCACGUUUCGUUUCCCUUGAUCGCCCACAAUCUUGCGCUUGGACACGCCAUUUCCCAUUUCUUCUCGCAAAAGCCGGACUCCAACCAAGGUAGCGCUGACCUUGUCAAAGCCAUCAUGUGGAUAGAGAGGGCUUUAAAGUACCGUCCAUCCCCACACGCCCACCGGCCAUCGUCUCUACUUAUUUACAGCUGGUGCCUGCUUGAGGUUCUGCAGACUCCUUCAAUGUUUCAGGAGUCAUACCUGCAGAAACUGGAAUCAAGUUUGCAGGAGCUUGAGAAAGGGGACGCUGCAGCAGUGGCGAUCGCGCUGAAGCACAGAGCGUAUCUUGCGACAUGGCGGUACAACGAGACACAGGAUCCCGAGCGCCUCGUCGAUGCCCUCCAAUACAGUGAAUCUGCCAUGAAGACCCUGCAGGAUUUGCACAAUGGACAAUAUUCAUUUUCGCCUCUUGAUAUCUGUGAAGUGACCAGGAUGCGCUUGGAAGUCUUGAAACUGAAUGAUAAUGAUCAUGAAGAUGCGGCAGUCAAGGAGCAGAUUAACCAAGCUUUUGGUUCGCUCGAGCAGGCGUCCAGCAUGUCUGCAUCCACCUGCGAUAUCAUGGACCAGCUGUCGAUUGCGUCCAUAUGGGUUUCGCAGGCUCUGGAGAUGAAACACCAUUUCGUAGUCGUGGCCUAUCCUAUACUAUUGCGCAUUCUUCGUGAUUGCAUGAACCUCAACCCAGCAAUCGAGAUUAGAUAUGCCAUAGCAGGGAUCCUCAGACCUAUAUCCCCUGCUGACGUCGCUGCUGCCAUUAUGGGAUCCAGCGAUCCGAACCUCGCGCAGGCCGUCGAGCUUCUCGAGUACGGAAGGGACAUUGUCCUUUCCCACAUUCGUGCCAUGAGACAGGACGACGAGCACGUUCGCAACCUAGGAAGUAUGGAUUCGGAUGCUGUAGCUCGUUUUGAGUCUGUCUGUAAACAGCUAGACCGUAACGUUCACGGACUGUUCCUCUCUAGCAGUUGGAAAUGGUCAUCAGUGUCCGUUCCGGGCGAGGCCGUGGACGUGAAGACCCCGUUGACAUGGGAGGAUUUCCUUCAGAAUCACGGUAAUGUGCUGCAGGAGAGGGAUAAAAUAUCCGUGGAGCUUCUGAGCAAAGAAUUCCCUGAAACACGCAUCAAUCCUUCCCCCUCUUAUGCCGAACUCAAAAAGGCCGCAAAUGGCGGAACGAUCGUCUUAUUCAAUUUCAGCAAAUACGGAUGUGAUGCUCUCAUCAUUGUCGAGGGGAAUGAGUCGCCGGUCCGAGUCCCGCUGGGAGGAGAGAGGGAGUAUCAGUAUUUCGCAUCGCUCGCCAGUGCACUUGACAGCUCUCUGAAACUUGAUGAUACUGUCGAAUCGGACGGGAAGCUUCAGAAAGUUUUGAAGGCGCUGUGGAGGAAAGCCGUCGAACCUGUCACUAAGGAACUGAAGGUGUUGAGCGUUGAAGUUGGGUCGCGACUUUGGUUGUUACCGACUGGUCUAGCGCGCCGUUUCCCUCUACAUGCCGCUGGCCCUUAUAAAAGCAAAGGAUUCGAGCCUUCAGAUCUUUCGUCUUUAUACGCAAUCUCCUACAUCUCGACCCUUGGCAUGCUGUUAUCGGCAAAAAUGUCGAGCACUUUAGUACGGCGUGAUGAGCCUCCUCUAGUUUUAUUCAUAGGGGACGACGGGGAAGGCAAUCCAGCAGUCGAAGCAUUGCCUCAUGUGAAAAUCGAAAGAGACAUAAUCGCGAAAGAGUUCGGGGACCGAGGUACCUGCCUUUUCGGGGAGCAAGCGACAGUCGACGCUGUGUUGGUUAACCUCCCUUCCCAUCCGUGGGUCCACUUUGGUUGCCAUGGUUCUUUUGAUCCCGAAAGACCAUUUCAAUCGUGUUUCACCCUCAAUGGGCAGAGCCUCACUCUACCAACAAUCAUGCGUUCUCGUUCGCUCAAAGGAGAGUUUGCAUUUUAUUCUGCUUGCGAUACUGCAAGUUCCCCAGAUCAGACGUCUGGUGAAGUCGUCAAUCUUGCUUCGGCUAUGGAAAUUUGUGGCUUCAGAAGUGUGAUUGGGACUUUGUAUCCCAUUUACGACGAUUUCGCCGUCGACGUUUGUCGGGAAUUCUACAGGAGUGCCAGGUCUAGAGGCUGGAUAGAUGUUGCGUACAGUCUAAAAGAUAGCAUCUUGGAGCUGAGAAGGAGGAUGUGGGCAGAGAGGAAGGAAUUGGACAUUCGCAAGUGGAUUGCGUAUAUUCACAUCGGAGUUUAG